AAUAUAAUAAUGAUUUUAAACACAAUUUCCCCGAUAAUUAAAUAAUUAUAUUCUUUUGUUGUUCUAAUAUUUAAAAGAUGGAGGAUGAAAUAGGUGUUUUAAUAAUUUAAAACAUGGACAAUCCGGUUAAAAAGAGAAAAACAAGAUUCUCUGAUGCUCCAAAUCCAGAUUCUGAUGAUUCCAAUCCUGUUGGCAAUAAUUUAAACAAUUUAAACCUGAAUAAUGAGAAGGAUUCCUUAGUUUCUGAACAUAAACCUUAUACAAGUAAUGAUUUGGAGAGUAAUGUGAAUAAAUGGACCGGCUUACCAUAUAGCCAACACUAUUACAAUGUGUUGGAGGGGAGGAAGAAGUUGCCUGCAUGGAGUGCCAGGAAGAACUUUGUAAAGCUUGUGAAGCGGAAUCAGGUUUUGGUUCUGGUUGGAGAGACAGGUAGUGGAAAAACAACCCAGAUGACUCAGUUUGCCCUUGAUGCUGGACUUUCUGGCCUCAAGCCAAUCGCAAUUACUCAGCCUCGGCGUGUGGCUGCAAUGUCGGUUGCUACCAGAGUUGCCGAGGAAAUGGACGUAGAACUCGGCGCUACGGUAGGAUAUACCAUAAGAUUUGAGGAUAAAUCCUCAGAAAAGACUAUGUUACGGUUUAUGACCGACGGGAUGCUCUUGAAAGAAAUUACAACCGACAAAAUGCUAUCACACUAUGGAAUGGUCAUUUUAGAUGAGGCCCAUGAGAGAACUAUAGCUACGGAUGUAUUAUUUGGGUUACUGAAGGACUUGAUAAAGCAGAGAAGUGAGUUGAAGUUGGUGAUAAUGUCAGCUACCCUUGAGGCAAAGAAGUUCCAGGCGUAUUUUGGGGGAUGUGACAUUUUGAGGAUUCCUGGAGCCAUGCAUCCUGUUGAGAUAUACUAUACUGCUGAACCUGAGAGGGACUACUUUGAGGCUGCUGUUAGAACUGCUGUUAACAUUCACAUGCAGGAGCCCGAAGGUGAUAUCUUACUCUUUCUGACUGGUGAGGAGGAGAUUGAGAAUGCUCGGCGUGAGAUUGAUGCUGCACUUGCUAGGCGAAACUGUGAGCUUCCUAUGACUAUUCUGACUCUGUACUCAUCUCUUCCUCCUGCGCAACAGCAGAAAGUUUUUGAACCUGUUUACGGUCGUAAGUGUGUUAUCGCAACUAACAUAGCCGAAACGUCAAUCACAAUUGACGGUGUAGUGUAUGUCAUUGACCCUGGCUUCAGUAAGCAGAAGGUGUAUAACCCCAGAGGAAGGAUAGAGUCCCUGUUAGUUUCCCCAAUUUCAAAAGCAUCUGCUCAACAGAGAGCCGGAAGAGCAGGUCGUACGAGGCCUGGAAAAUGUUUCAGACUCUACACUGAGUCCACUUUCAGCAAGGAGUUAGUCCCGGAGACUUACCCCGAGAUUUUGAGGUCUAACAUCGCGUCGGUGGUUUUGAGUUUGAAGAAAAUGGGUAUUGAUGACUUGGUUCACUUUGAUUUUAUGGAUCCGCCAGCUCCUGAGACAAUGAUGAGGGCUUUAGAGGAACUAAACUACCUUGGCGCACUAGACGACGAGGGAGAACUUACCUCAGUUGGCAGUCUCAUGGCUGAGUUCCCACUCGAGCCCCAGCUCUCAAAAGUACUUGUUCACUCCCCUGAAUUUAACUCUAUCACUUCUCUUACUGCCGUUGUCUCAAUGUUAUCCUGUGGUAAUGUGUUUGUAAGGCCCAGAGAAUAUGCUAAAGAAGCUGACGCAGCAAAGGCCCAAUAUGCAGCCCAGGAAGGAGAUCACAUUACACUCUUAAAUCUCUUCAACCAGUACCAAGCAGUUGUUAACUCUACUUCCGGUGGUUCCACCAGUUCCUCAGUAAGAAGAUAUUGCCAGGAUAAUUACGUCAACCCGAGAUCACUUUCAAGUGCUCUUAACAUCUAUCAACAACUUAUUACUAUACUCACACGUAUCCACCCUUCCAGCAGUGCUGAUAUAAUUAAACCAGGUGAAAGUAAAGAUAAAGAUUUGAGUUCUGUGGUAAAGGGAUUAGUGAAGGGAUUUUUCCAGCAGGUUGCUUACAAGAGUAGUAGGGGGCAUUACUUGUUGGUGAAGGAUAACCAGGCUGUUGCGUUACAUCCAUCAACAACUUUGCAACACACUCCUCAGUGGGUUAUUUACCAUGAAUUCAUCUACACUUCCAAAAACUACAUCAGGACAGUCACAGAGAUCAAGGGCGAGUGGUUGAUGGAGUUGGCGCCUCACUACUUCAACCCCUAUGAAAUGAAUAACCAGGAAACCAAAAACGCCUUUCUCUCACUUAAACACUAAUGUAACAUAUAAUUUGCUAUUCAACUUCGUUAUUGUAAUCUUAUAACUUCAGGACUCCCGAUAAUAUUUUAUCGCACA